AUGAAAGGCCUCUUUGCAACCGUCUUUUGCCUUUUUAGCGCGGCGGCUGCUAUCCCAGCCACUACUCCACUCGAGCAAACCCACGAGGCGGAUCCGGUACGCAUCCUCCCCUACAGGUGGCAAUGGGAGAUGCUCAAAUUCCACGGACCGGGCUGUCCAGACUUCGGUUCGAACGCGAGCUAUGCAACCAGGCCCACGUAUGGACAGAAUACUAUGGAUGGGUCAGAAAUCUACCUCUGGUACUUUGCCUAUCCAGGUAUCAAAGCCAAGAUCGGACCUGGAGUUGAUGAGUCGGAGACUUACACUUGGUGCCAUACCGAGCUGAAAUACACAGAGAAUGAUAAUACCUACAAUCAAGAGCCGACAGCGAAUUAUCGCUUAAGAGCUCAUAAGAAUGGAACCUCGAUAAUGGCAAAUUAUCAGCUGGAUAAAGGAGUUACGGCGGAGUGGAAAUUCACGUACUAUCCGGAAGAUGCUGACGAGGUUGUGGACGAAAUUGUCAUUCACGGGCCAUUAAAUAACCGCAACAGCUCUACCUUGAGCUGGUUUACGGAAAACUCUCCAAAACCCUAUCCAAAAUGGAAUUUGCCAAGUUGUGGUGGAGGAACAAUCCGCUAUAAAACUGAGCUGACUAUUACAUCAAAAACAUCCGAAGGAAAAGGAACUGUUAAUUCAGACAUAACAGAUGCGCAAUCCGGUGGUACAAGGGAGUAUGGAGUUCAGCAAGGUGUGAGUUACGAUUGGGAGCAUUGCAAGAAAUGA